CAAUGAAACAGAACAAAGCCUCUCUUCUCCAAAUCUUCACUUUUCUCAUCUUUUUCUCAUCAAGUUCUUAUGUUGAAGGAGGAGGAGGAGUUGUUGGUUAUGGCUACACCAUAUCUAGUGUCAAUAACAAUGCUCUCUCAGCCAAGACCUCCUUGACUGCUAACCUUAAACUCAUCAAGUCUUCCACACUUUAUGGACCUGAUGUUCCACGCCUCAGCCUUGAUGCCAGUUUUGAGACCAAGGACAGGUUAAGAGUUAGAAUCACAGACUCCACUCACCAAAGAUGGGAAGUUCCAGAAGAAGUGAUUCCAAGAAGCUCCCAUUUCCCUCUUUUCCGCUCUCUCACAACCAAAGAAUUCCCUUCUUCCUACCACACCUACAAUCCAGAACAAGCACCAAAAUUUUCUAUUACAACACCAAAUUCAGACCUCAUAUUCACCCUCCACAACACCACCCCUUUUGGCUUCACUAUCUCACGCAAGUCCUCCAAGGAUAUCCUCUUUGACACUUCACCAGACCCUUCAAACCCUUCAACUUCCCUUGUGUUCAAGGACCAGUACCUUCAGCUAUCUUCCUCACUCCCAAGUGAAAGAGCCUCCCUUUACGGUUUUGGUGAGCACACAAAGAGUUCCUUCAAGUUGCAACCAAACCAGACCCUCACACUAUGGAAUGCAGAUAUUGCUAGUUUCAACCUUGACUUGAACCUUUAUGGCUCUCACCCUUUUUACAUGGAUGUAAGGAAAGGAUCUACACAUGGGGUGUUGCUGCUGAAUAGCAAUGGGAUGGAUGUUGUGUAUGGUGGCGACCGGAUAACUUAUAAGGUGAUUGGUGGGGUGCUUGAUCUUUACUUUUUUUCCGGAUCAUCGCCGGAGUUGGUGAUGAAGCAAUACACUGAACUCAUUGGAAGGCCUACUCCUAUGCCUUACUGGUCUUUUGGUUUUCACCAGUGUAGAUAUGGCUACAAGAGUGUAAAUGAUCUUGAGGGUGUGGUUGCUAACUACACAAAGGCACACAUACCCCUUGAAGUUAUGUGGACAGAUAUUGAUUACAUGGAUGCAUAUAAAGACUUCACUCUUGAUCCUAUCAACUUUCCUCUGGAUAAGAUGAAAACAUUUGUUGAUACCCUUCACCGGAACGGACAGAAAUAUAUACUCAUAUUGGAUCCUGGUAUCAAUGUAAACAACACAUAUGCAACUUAUAUUAGAGGAUUGCAAGCAGAUAUCUACAUAAAGAGAAAUGGAGUCAAUUACCUUGGUCAAGUUUGGCCAGGAAAAGUUUACUUCCCAGAUUUUUUGAAUCCAAGAAGCCAAGAAUUUUGGGGCAGAGAGAUCAAACUAUUUAGAGAACUUCUCCCAUUUGAUGGUCUCUGGCUUGACAUGAAUGAGUUAUCUAAUUUCAUCACUUCUCCUCCUAAUCCAUCUUCCAGUCUUGACAACCCUCCCUACAAAAUUAACAAUUCCGGGGCCCUACAACCAAUCAAUACGAAAACGGUACCAGCAACAUCCUUACACUAUGGAAAUAUCACUGAGUAUGAUGCACACAAUUUAUAUGGACUACUAGAAUCCAAAGCUACCAACGAAGUUUUAAAAGAUGUAAUUGGUAAAAGGCCUUUUAUUCUUAGUAGAUCAACUUUUGUAAGUUCUGGUAAGUAUACAGCACAUUGGACUGGAGACAAUGCUGCUACUUGGAAUGAUUUGGCAUACUCAAUUCCUUCUAUAUUAAAUUCUGGAAUAUUCGGAAUUCCGAUGGUUGGAGCAGAUAUAUGUGGUUUCUCAGGAAAUACAAACGAAGAACUCUGCAGAAGAUGGAUCCAGUUGGGAGCAUUUUACCCCUUUGCUAGAGACCAUUCAGAUAAGAAUUCUAUGAGGCAAGAGCUUUAUCUUUGGGAUUCAGUUGCUUCAUCAGCAAGGAAAGUGCUCGGCCUUCGCUAUCGCCUCCUCCCUUAUUUCUACACAUUAAUGUAUGAAGCACAUACAAAAGGGACACCAAUUGCAAGACCCCUUUUCUUUUCAUUCCCUGAGGAUGUCACAACAUAUGAUAUAAGUUCACAGUUUCUACUUGGCAAAGGGGUUUUGGUGUCACCGGUGCUACAAUCUGGAGCUGUCACUGUUAAUGCAUACUUCCCUGCAGGGAACUGGUUUGAUCUCUUCAAUGUCUCAAAUUCAGUGAGUGCUGAAUCAGGAAAGUAUGUUACUCUUGAUGCUCCACCUGAUCACAUCAAUGUGCAUGUUGGUGAAGGUAACAUCUUGGUAAUGCAAGGAGAGGCAUUGACAACAGACGCGGCGCGAAAGACUGCAUUUCAUCUUGUGGUGGUUGUUAGUAGCAGCAAAAGUAGUUAUGGACAAGUUUAUUUGGAUGAUGGAGAAGCACUUGACAUGUUAGGAGAGAAUGAUCAAUGGACAUUGGUAAGUUUCUAUGGUGCAUUACAGAAGAAUAGUGUUUUUGUUGCAUCUAAUGUUACUAAUGGAAGAUUUGCUCUGAACCAAAGAUGGGUCAUAGAAAAGAUCACCUUUUUGGGAAUUCCUAAGCAUACUGAGUUGAAGAUUGAUGAGAAUGGAACAAGUUCAAUGAGGAAGAUGGUUACACAUGUUGAGAACUCUUCAGAGUUUGUUAGUAUACAAGUUUCAAGAUUGUCACAGCCUAUUGGAAAGCCAUUUAAGCUAGAAUUUCAAAUAAAAGGUUGAAGGGUAGCUAAAAGGAGGAUUGCUUUUAUAGCUGCAAUUCCUUCUCAACUUUCUUCAGCUAAAAUUAUUGUGAUAAUUAUUAUGGCAUAAAAAUUAAAAUGUCAUUUUUUAUAUCUGAAAUAAAUGUGACAGAAUACUACAACAUGGCUAU